ACGACAUGAUGUAACUUGAUGUAAUCUUUUUGCCUCGUAUGAUAUGUUACGUAGGAAAUUCGUGAAAGUACUCUUUAUAUAUAUAUAUACAUUAAUUUUGUAUUUCAUUAAACUAUUGCAAAUAUAAGAAAAAUUCUUACUGGAAUACUUAAUAAUGGAUCAUCGAAUAUAUAAAAUUUACAAUCAAGAAGACUUUAAUCGGAUUACGAAAGGCAUCAAAGUGGCACAAUGUAUGCAAUCACGAUCAUCAUCUGUUUCAGAAACAGAAAAUGUAUUAACUCAACUUGAGGAAUUAGUUGUAUCAGAUUCCUUAAGCUGUUCUUUUUGUAAUACUAUAUUUGAGGAUAAAAAACACCAGAGAUUACAUUAUAAAUUAGAUUGGCAUCGUUAUAAUCUUAAACAACGUUUAAAUGGCCUGAAGUCAAUUAGUGAAGAUAAUUUCAAUCUUUUAGCGGAUGAAGGUGAUGUAUCCAGUCUUUCUGGUAGUGAAGAAGAUUCUGACAAUGAAGAUGAUACAGGUACUUCUGAAACGGGGGGGUCAUCAAGUCCGUAUACGAAAAAUAGUGAAUCUAUAAAUAAGAAUGAAAGUUCAUCUAUUGCAAAAAGUAAAAAACAGGAAAAAAAAGGAAAAUCUGCAGAAUUAGUAUCUGAUAGUUCAGAUACAGAGUGUAAUGAAGAAAUAUCUAGAGAGAAAAAACUUCAAAAAUUACUUGCUAUUGCUAAUCGUCAUUCCAAAGUAUUUUUUGAAAAUGACGAUGGAAAUAUAUUUAGUAUAUAUAGGUGUUUACUUCAUAACAAAAAGGAAAUUCCUGAGAUGGACAAUCAGAUGAUAGCUCAAGCAUUGGAUAGUGGGAAGAAAACAUCAUGGACCAUUAUCAUGGUUGGAGGUGGACAUUUUGCAGCAGCAGUAUUUCAAGAUGGAGAACCAAUUGUGCAUAAAACCUUUCAUUCUUAUACUGUUAGAGCAAAGCAGGGUACUGCACAAAAUUCUCGUGACAGUCGUACAUUGGGUAAUCAUACAAAAAGUGCUGGAGCAAGUUUGCGUCGCUAUAACGAAGUAUCUCUCAUACAGCAUGUGCAAGAAAUAUUGGAAUUAUGGACGAGUCAUAUCAACAAUUCAUCAUUAAUUUUAUAUAGAGCUGUGGGACCACGUAAUCGUACUAUACUUUUUGGUGGUAAAAAUCCACCUUUAAAUAAAAAUGAUUCCAGAUUAAGACCAUUACCGUUUCCUACCCGAAGAGCUACAUUCAGCGAAGUUAAGCGUGUAUAUGAUAUACUAAGUACAAUGGAAAUAUAUGGCUCUGCAGCAGAUUUUACUGAUUGUUUCCCUAUUUCACCACGACAACCACCACGAAAGAAGAUUUCCAAAUAUGAUUUAUUAGUUGAAGUAACUGAAGGAGAAAUAACUUCAAGUUCUAAUGUUAAUAUCACGAACGAUAUAAUUAAAAAUAAUGAAAAAUUUAAAACAGUACAAGCAUCUCCAGAAAAGCAACAUAGGAAUUCUCGCGCACAUAUAGAUAGAGCAAAACCACGUAAAAGUCCAUGUCGUCCUUUGCCUGAUAUUGUUAUCAAGUUGGCUUUAACAUCUACAGAGUCUGAAACCAAUGAAAACAAUAGUUGUACUAAUAAUCAAGUAGAUAUGCCUCUAAUUGAACAUAAUAUGGAAAUUGAUUUUAGAGAAAAUUUACUUGCUUUUCAAAAUAAUAUACCACGAUAUAUGAAAAAUAAGAAAGCUCGUAAACAAAAAAAAAAAGUGAAAAAAAAUCACACAGAUGAAUCUGCAGUAAAUGAAGUAUUACAUAAUGCUAAAGAUCAAUUAUGGACUGCAUGUCAAUUGGGUGAUAAUGAAUUAUUAACUUCUACAAUAGAUAUUUUAUUAACUGAAGUUAAAAAAUUCGAAUCGUUAGAGGAAGAAAACGAGGUAGACACUCAGACAUUUUUAAGUAUGGAAAAUGUGAUAAAAUUGUUAAAUGAUGGAAAUGAAGAUGGUAAUACAAUGCUUCAUUUAGCAGCAAUUGGAGGACAUUUAAAAUUAAUAUGGGCAUUAUUAGAAAUUGGUUCAAAUCCUUGCAAUAAAAAUAAGAAAUUACAAACACCUUAUUCAGCUUCAAAAGAUAAAGAAACUAGAAAUACGUUUAGAAGAUUUAUGGGUACUUAUCCUGAUAAGUUCAAUUAUAGUAAGUCACAAAUACCUGGACCACUUACCGAUGAAAUAGAACAAGAAGAAACGGAAAGAAAGAGACAACAAAGGAAAGUAAAACGUGAGAAAGAAAAAAUAAAAAAACGAGAAUUUGAAGUAAAAAAGCAAGAGGAAGAGGCGAAGCAACGAUUUUUAAAUUUGAAUGAUAAGGAAAAGAGAGCAUUAGUCGCAGAAGAUGUUUCAAAAGAAAAUCGUACUGUCCGAUGUUUCCAAUGUGCUGUGGACAUUACAAAUCAGGUGCCUUUUAGUUACAGCUCAAAUUAUUUUUGCUCUAUGCCUUGUUUAAAAGAACAUCGCCUUCAUAACAAACAUAUUCUCUAAUGAAAUAUAUGUUCAGAAUAAAUUUUAUAUGAAUUGAAACAUACGAUAAAAUAAUAUAGUUACAUGCUUUAAUUAUAUAGUUAAACAAAUAUUUUAAGUAAUUGAUAGAAAUAAUUCAUUACAUAAAUAAACAAACAAAAUGUUUUAUGCAUA